AUGCUAUUGACACUGACAUUCAGAGAAGGGCGUUCUUCUCGAUGUUUCGCCCAAGUUUGCCUAUCUAUCUAUCUAUCUAUCUAUCUAUCUAUCUAUCUAUCUAUCUAUCUAUCUAUCUAUCUAUCUCAAUCACUUCAUAUCGAUCUAUCUCAGUCUUUUCCUAUCUAUAUCCAUCUAUCUAUCUAUCUAUCUAUCUAUCUCAAAAAUAUCUAUCUAUCUAUCUAUCAACCAUCUUCAUAUCUAUCUCUCAGUCUUUUCAUAUCUAUCUAUCUAUUUAUCUAUCUAUCUAUCUAUCUAUCUAUCUAUCUAUCUCAGCCUAUUCAUAUCUAUCUAUCUAUCUAUCUAUCUAUCUAUCUAUCUAUCUAUCUAUCUCAUCUCUAUCUAUCUCAGCCUAUUCAUAUCUAUCUAUCUAUCUAUCUAUCUAUCUAUCUAUCUAUCUAUCUAUCCUUAAAUAAAUAUUUUAUCUCAGGAUAUUUACAAUCUUAUGAAUAUUUAGGACUACAUCUAAAUUCACUGUUUCAACAUCUAUCUAUCUAUCUAUCUAUCUAUCUCAAUCACUUCAUAUCUAUCUAUCUAUCUAUCUAUCUAUGUUCAUGUUUAUUUAACUUUGUUCAUAUCUAUCUAUCUAUCUAUCUAUCUAUCUAUGUUCAUAUCUAUGUUCAUAUUUAUUUAACUUUGUUCAUUUCUAUCUAUCUAUCUAUCUAUCUAUGUUCAUAUUUAUUUAACUUUGUUCAUAUCUAUCUAUCUAUCUAUCUAUCUAUCUAUCUAUCUAUCUAUGUUCAUGUUUAUUUAACUUUGUUCAUAUCUAUCUAUCUAUCUAUCUCUGUUCAUAUCUAUCUAUGUUCAUAUUUAUUUAACUUUGUUCAUUUCUAUCUAUCUAUCUAUCUAUGUUCAUAUUUAUUUAACUUUGUUAAUAUCUAUCUAUCUAUCUAUCUAUCUAUCUAUCUAUCUAUCUAUCUAUCUGUGUUAAUAUUUAUUUAA